AUGGCCGAGGAAAUCACCCAAAACAUGCCCAAGCUCCAGCUUGACGAGGAGACUGGCGAGAUGGUCUCCAAAGCCGAGCUCAAAAAGCGUCAGCAGAAGCGCGCAAAGAAGGCUGCGCAGGAGAAGGCUCGCGCCGAAAAGGCUGCCGCUGGUCCUGCGCCAGCUAAGCCCAAAGCUGCCGCGCCAAAGGCUGAGGAGACUGCGACUGACCCGGAGCAGAUGUUCAAGGUCGGCUGGUUGGCAGAUGUUUACAAGGAGCGUCCAGAGAAAGAUGUUGUCACCCGUUUCCCUCCCGAGCCCAACGGCUUCCUCCAUAUCGGCCAUGCGAAGGCGAUCGCGAUCAACUUUGGCUUCGCCAAAUACCACGGCGGCGUCUGCUACCUACGAUUCGACGACACCAAUCCCGAGAAGGAGGAGGAAAAGUACUUCACAGCGAUCAAGGAUAUCGUCGAAUGGUUGGGCUUCAAGCCGUACAAGAUCACAUAUUCGAGCGACAACUUCCAGAAGCUCUACGACCUCGCGGAGGAGAUGAUCAAAAUGGAAAAAGCCUACGUAUGCUCGUGUAACGACACGGAGAUCAAGCUUCAACGAGGCGGAGAGAAAGGUGCCCACGAGCGGUACCGCUGCGCGCAUGCCGAGCAAACAGCCGAGGACAACCUGCAAAAGUUCCGAGACAUGCGCGACGGCAAAUACAAGCCCAAGGAGGUCUUUCUGCGCAUGAAGCAGGACAUUACCGAUGGCAACCCUCAGAUGUGGGACUUGGCCGCGUACCGCAUCAAGACCGACCAGCCCCAUCAUCGUACGGGCUGGGAUUGGAAGAUCUAUCCGACGUACGACUUCACCCACUGUCUGUGUGACAGCUUCGAGGGGAUCACUCACUCUCUGUGCACGACGGAAUUCAUCCAAUCGCGAGUAUCCUACGAGUGGUUGAACAGAACCCUAAAGGUCUACGAGCCGAUGCAGCGCGAGUAUGGUCGACUUAAUCUCUUUGGCACGGUUCUCUCAAAGAGGAAGAUCAUGAAGUUGGUCGAAGAGAAGAUUGUGCGCGAUUGGGACGAUCCGCGACUGUACACAUUGAUCGGCAUCAAGCGCCGCGGUGUGCCGCCUGGUGCCAUUCUGGAGUUUAUCAACGAACUCGGCGUGACCACCAACGCUACAGCCUUGCCUGUGCACCGCUUUGAGCAGUCUGUUCGCAAGUACCUCGAAAAGACCACGCCUCGUCUCAUGCUCAUCCUCGACCCCAUCCCAGUUGUGGUGGAGGAUGCGGAGCCCGCCGACAUUGAAAUUCCAUUUUCGCCCAAAGACCCAAAGAUGGGUUCCCACAUUGUCAAAUUCACCCCCACAAUCUACAUUGACCGUUCCGACUUCCGCGAGGAAGACAGCAAAGACUACUUCCGACUCGCGCCCAACAAGUCUGUUGGUCUGCUCAACGUGCAGUAUCCCAUCAAGGCCACCUCGUUCACCAAGGAUCCCGAGACAGGGAAAGUUACCGAGGUCCGCGCUGUGUUUGACAAAGAGACGAAAAAGCCCAAGACAUACAUAUCCUGGGUUGGCACAGAGGGUUCUAAGAAGGUGGAGGCGCGCGUACACAAUCAGCUCUUCAAGAGCGAGAAGCCAGAGGAUGUCGAUGGUGGCUUCUUGAAUGACAUUAACCCCGACAGCGAGGUGAUAUACCGAGAUGCCAUCAUCGAGAGCGGCUUUGACGAGGUCAGGAGGCGGGCGCCAUGGCCAGAGGCUGCUGGCGAGAGCGAGCUGGGCAAGGGUGGCCCAGAAAGUGUGCGCUUCCAGGCUAUGCGUGUGGCAUACUUUGCACUGGACUCAGAUACUACGGAAGACAAGAUUGUGCUCAACAGGAUUGUAUCGUUGAAGGAGGACGCAGGCAAGAAAUGA